AUGUUUCGGUUUGAGAUGACGGACGUGUCGGGGGAGUUCCAGGUGCAGCAGGAGCGAGGACCACUCUUACCUCCACCUCCACCACCCACACUCCACCCAACACCCUCCACCCAACACCUCCACCUCCACCACCCCGGAGGCAGUUUGCUGCAUCUGAUCCAGCAGAGGAUCCCUCGACCGGACGGACGCAUUCCAUUGGAUUUCUUCUCCUGCCUGAGACUUCAGGUCAGACACACCGACAGGAUGCGACCACAGACCGGAGCAGCUCUGCUGGAGAGACAGACGCUCCUCUGGUUCAUUGUAGUGUCUCAGUGUGUGUCUGCACUGGGGUGUAGACCCCACUAUGAAUUCGCCAUUGAGGAGUUCUGCUUGGCCAAGUUCAGACUGGACAUGCAAGAGCUGGACCAGGGACACUGGUGUAGCUGGGAGGACACAGUCGAACUCUACGGCGAGCUGACAAACUGCACGUUCCAGGUGGCGCUGAAGAUGGACUGCUUCUGGCCCAACAGGCUGGUGGAUGAGUUCUUCAUUGGAGUCCACAAGCACUACUUCCACGACUGCUCGAUGUCUGGACGGCUUCUCAAGGACCCACCCAAUCGAAUCCUGGGUCCCUUCAUUGUGGUUCCCAUCCUGGUCACCCUCCUCAUGACGGCCCUGGUGGUAUGGAGGAGCAAACGCAGCGAGGGGAUGGUGUAG